AUGGAGGUGGCGGCUGGUGGAGGCUGCGGCGCGGGGCCGCCUUUGCUGCUGAGUGAGAGUGAGCAGCAGUGCUACUCUGAGCUCUUCGCGCGCUGUGCAGGCGCUGCGAGCGGGGGCCCGGGACCUGGACCCCCCGAGGCUACCAGGGUCGCCCCCAGCACUGCCACUGCGGCCGCCGGUCCAGUGGCCGAUCUGUUCCGAGCGUCCCAGCUGCCACCGGAGACGUUGCACCAGAUCACAGAACUGUGUGGUGCAAAGCGGGUUGGUUAUUUUGGUCCAACACAGUUUUAUGUUGCUCUGAAAUUGAUUGCUGCAGCACAGUCUGGCCUCCCAGUGCGGACAGAGAGUAUUAAAUGUGAACUGCCUCUGCCUCGCUUUGUGAUGUCAAAGAGUGAUGCUGAGAUACGGUUUGGGAACGCAGCUGAGCUGCACGGAAAGAAAAUUCAGGUUCCAUACUUAACCACCGAAAAGAAUUCCCUCAAAAGAAUGGACGAUGAGGAUAAACAGCAGGAAACACAGUCUCCCACGAUGUCACCCCUCGCCUCCCCUCCUUCUUCCCCGCCUCAUUACCAGAGGGUGUCCUUGAGCCAUGGCUACAGCAAACUGCGGAGCGACACAGAACAGAUGCAUCCAGCCUCUUAUGAAGCUAGGCAGCCCAUUGGCCAGCCGGAAGGAUCCUCCUCAGAGGGUCCAGGAUCCAAACCCCUUCAUUGCCAGACAUCUCUUAUUCGGUCCUUUUCAGUGGAGAGAGAACUGCAGGAUAACAGCACUAGUUACCCAGAUGAGCCCUGGAGGAUAACGGAAGAACAGCGGGAGUACUAUGUCAAUCAGUUCCGGUCCCUCCAGCCAGACCCGAGUUCCUUCAUUUCAGGGUCUGUGGCCAAGAACUUCUUCACCAAAUCCAAGCUCUCCAUCCCAGAACUCUCUUAUAUCUGGGAACUCAGUGAUGCUGACUGUGAUGGAGCCCUGACCUUGCCUGAGUUUUGUGCUGCAUUUCAUCUCAUUGUAGCACGAAAGAACGGCUACCCACUGCCAGAGGGCCUGCCUCCGACUUUGCAGCCAGAGUACUUGCAAGCAGCUUUCCCGAAAUCCAAGUGGGAGUGUGCAAUAUUUGAUUCUUACUCUGAGUCAAUGCCAGCAAACCAACAACCCUGUGACUUGAAUCGGAUGGAGAAGACAUCUGUUAAAGACAUGGCUGACUUUCCUGUUCCUACCCAAGAUGCGACUACUGGUGAUGACAAACAAGCUUUGAAAAGUACUGUUAACGAACCCUUACCGAAGGACGUGUCUGAGGAUACAGCAACUUCUAAGGACUGCAACAGUCUCAAAGCAAGACCAAGAUCCAGAUCUUACUCUAGCACCUCCAUAGAAGAGACCAUGAAAAGGGGUGAGGACCCUCCCACCCCACCACCACGGCCACAGAAAACCCAUUCCAGAGCCUCCUCCUUGGAUCUGAAUAAAGUCUUCCAGCCCAGUGUGCCAGCUACUAACUCAGGAUUGUUACCCCCACCACCGGCACUUCCUCCAAGACCUUGUCAAACACAAGUAGGUCACAUAUUUGAUUUCUGCAAACUGUUGUCUUACCACUAUGCUGCUUUGCAAGGAUUAAUCACUACAUUGUAG